UUCUGUACGUGGCAGCAGACAGCACGUACUCUUUUCAUAACCCGUGGGGGCGAACCGAUUGGCGUUGAAACGACUUGUUGUGAGACAUCAUUCCUCCUCAAAAACGAUAAAAAAAUAAAGGUUGAAGAGGAGCCAUGAGGAAGCUGCUGUCUGUUGUGGUUUGGACCCUGCUCUGCUGCUCUCUGAGUAUACAGGAAGACAUCUUCACCUCCAUAGGUCAGAUGACAGACCUGAUCCACACAGAGAAGGAGCUAGUGCAGUCCCUAAAGGAGUACAUCCUGGCAGAGGAGUCCAAGCUGGCUGCAGUGAAAAGAUGUGGAGGAAUCUGCAGCAAUACUAAAGUCAACCUCAUCCUCUGUUAGCUGGGCCAACAAACUGGACUCCCUGACGCAGGUCUCCAGUUCAGAUCCCGAGGGCUUCCUGGCCCAUCCGGUCAACGCCUACAAGCUGAUGAAGAGACUCCACACAGAGUGGUCCCAACUGGAGAGCCUGGUGCUGCAAGACCCCUCUGAAGGGUUCAUUUCCAACAUAUCCACACACAGGCCGUUCUUCCCAGACCAGGAGGACGAGAAGGGGGCUGCCAAGGCUCUCAUGCGGCUCCAGGAUACGUACCAGCUGGACUCUGAGAGCUUCUCCCGGGGCAAGCUUCCAGGGCUCCACUCCAACGUGCUCCUGACGGUGGACGACUGCUUCGACAUGGGCAAGACGGCCUACAACGACGGCGACUACUACCACUCGGUGCUGUGGAUGCAGCAGGCCCUGCGGCAGCUGGACAUGGGCGAGGACUCCGUGGCCUCCAAGGCCACCGUCCUGGACUACCUCAGCUACUCGGUCUACCAGAUGGGCGACCUGCCGCGCGCCAUCGAGCUGACGCUGCGCCUGGUGGCCCUAGACUCUGGCCACCAGAGGGCCGGGGCGAACCUGCGGUACUUUGAGCAGCUCCUUUCCAAGCAACUGACGGAGGUGAAGCAGUCCGAGCUGACUUCGUUCGAGGAGCCCAUCCAGAUCGGGACCUAUGCCAGGCCUAAAGACCACCUGCCGGAGAGGGAGGUCUACGAGGCCCUCUGCAGAGGAGAAGGGGUCCAAAUGACAGAGAAGAGGCGGAGCGGCCUGUUCUGCCGUUACCAUGACGGCAACAGGAACCCGCGGCUGCUGCUGAGGCCGAUGAUGGAGGAGGACGAGUGGGACAGCCCCCGCAUCGUGCGCUACCUCAACGCCCUGUCCCACGAUGAGAUCGAGACCAUCAAGCAGCUCGCAAAGCCCAACCUUGCUAGAGCCACAGUCAGAGACCCCAAAACAGGUGUUCUCACAACAGCAAACUACAGAGUAUCAAAAAGUGCCUGGCUCGAAGGGGAGGAUGAUCCUGUGGUAGCUAGAGUCAACCAGAGGAUAGAAGACAUCACAGGCCUCACUGUCAGGACCGCAGAGUUACUCCAGGUGGCGAACUAUGGAGUUGGAGGGCAGUACGAACCACACUUUGACUUCUCCAGGAAAGAUGAGCCUGAUGCUUUCAAAAGAUUAGGCACUGGAAAUCGUGUGGCAACUUUUUUGAACUAUAUGAGCGAUGUCGAAGCGGGUGGAGCUACUGUCUUUCCCGACUUUGGAGCAGCGAUCAGGCCCAAGAAGGGGACGGCGGUGUUUUGGUACAACCUGUUCAGUAGUGGGGAGGGCGACUAUAGGACCAGACACGCUGCCUGUCCGGUACUGGUAGGAAACAAGUGGGUGUCAAACAAAUGGAUUCACGAGAGAGGACAAGAGUUCAGAAGACCCUGUGGCCUGACACCAGGAAACUGAAUAGGCCGUAACCGCUUUGUUACGCAGUUUGAUUACCUGUGUAAUCAAACUGAAGGUUCAUGUUGAUUACACUCACACUUUAAAAUAAAUAACAAGAUUUUAUGUUUGCAAUCAAGUGUGACGACGAUUUAUGUUUUAAGUAAAAACAUAAAUCUUUGUGUUUUUACUGUUGAGUUAAGGUUUCACCCAACACUACAUGCACCUUUGUGAAUAACCUGUGUUCCUGCACCAAUAGUCACAUCAUUUGAUACCUGCAUCGAACACAAUCGUUGCAUAAAACAGUUGUGUUUUCUAGUAGAUUGUUCUCUACAGACAUAAAUCAGGUAAAAUGUGUGACAUCUCACUUAAUUUUUACCCAACCAAAAAGCUUGGUAUGACUUUUGCAAACUUCAAAAAAACACAAGGAUAUAAGGUUAAGCGUAAUCAUACUUUAGGAUUUUAGGAAGAAUUGGAAAAUGAAAAAUAUAAAAAAAAAGGUAUCAUGGCAUUUACCAUAUGUCCAUGCCCUUUUUAUUUAUGAAGGUUUGAAAUGAUUACACUGUGUUUUUCUAUGUUUCUCCUAAAAGCGCAUUGAGUCCAUGUAUACCAUAUGAAAUGUGCUAUACAAAUAAACUUGACUUGACUUGAUUGUUGAUAAAUAUUUUCUAUCUCAAUAAACAAUGUAAUUUAA